ACAGCCACCACAGCAAAAGCAGAGCGCAUCGACUGUUGUGCACUUCUUUACCGCGCAACGAUUCGGAGUUAAACUCUAAUUCAUAUCGUUGUUAUAUACUUCCGAUGGUAGCCUACUUUGUAACAACACAGUAAGGUUAUAAUCUCGGCUCUUCUUUUCUUGAACAUUUCUAUUAGUUUUGUCCGUUGUAGCCUAGUUGCCUAUUUAUCUAACGAACCGCAGAGUAGAGCGCCGGCAGGUGAAGAUGGCGAGGGGACUGGUGUUGGGGACUGUAUCCCCGGCGGCUGGCGGCCCUACACAACUUGCGUUGCUGCUGUUAUACCCCUUAAUCUGCGGCCUCUCGGCGCAGGGGCAGGAACUGCCCACCAACGGGUUGAAUGGCUACAGCCUACACCCACCUUAUUUUAACCUGGCAGAAGGGACCAAAAUCACAGCGACAGCAACCUGUGGAGAGGGGGACAAUGGAAGGUCGAUACACGAUUUGUAUUGCAAGCUGGUCGGGGGGCCAGUGUCAGGGGACCCGAGUCACCAGAGCCAAACCAUCCAGGGCCAGUACUGUGACACCUGUGCCAUAGGGGACAGUGACAGAGCCCACCCCAUCACCAAUGCCAUAGACGGGACAGAGCGGUGGUGGCAGAGCCCUCCUCUCUCCCGCAGCACUGAGUUCAACCAGGUCAACGUCACCUUGGACCUGGGACAGCUCUUCCACGUGGCCUAUGUCCUCAUCAAGUUUGCCAACUCUCCUCGACCAGACCUGUGGGUGCUAGAACGUUCCACUGACUUCGGAGAGACCUACCAGCCGUGGCAGUUCUUCGCCUCUUCUAAGAGAGACUGCAUUGAGCGCUUCGGACAGCGAAGCAUCGAACGGAUCAACUCUGACAACGACGUCAUCUGUACCACUGAAUACUCCCGCAUCGUACCCCUGGAGAAUGGAGAGGUGGUGGUGUCUCUAGUGAACGGGCGUCCCGGGGCUAUGAACUUCUCCUACUCUCCAGUCCUGAGGGAUUUCACCAAGGCCACCAACAUCCGUCUCCGUUUCCUCAGAACCAACACCCUCCUGGGACACCUGAUGGGCAAGGCCCUCCGCGACCCCACCGUCACACGCAGGUAUUACUACAGUAUUAAGGACAUCAGUAUCGGAGGACGCUGUGUGUGUAACGGACACGCUGAGGCCUGCGACCCACACGACCCCAACGACCCCUACAAGCUUCAGUGUGACUGCCAACACAACACUUGUGGAACGUCAUGUGACCAGUGUUGCCCCGGAUACAACCAGAUUCCAUGGAAACCAGCGACCACUUACCAGGCUAACGAGUGUGAACCGUGUAACUGUAACCAACACUCGUUUGGCUGCUACUACGACCCCGAGGUUGACCAGAGGAGAGCGAGCAUCAACGUGCAGGGACAAUACAGGGGGGGCGGAGUCUGCAUGGAGUGUCAGCAUCACACCACUGGUGUCAACUGUGAGCGCUGUGUCCUCACCUACUACAGAUCACCUGACCAUCCUCUGGACUCCCCAUUGGCUUGCUCCCCCUGUGUGUGCCGGUCAGAGUUCACAGAUGGUACCUGUGAGGAUCUGACGGGUCGUUGUUACUGUAAACCCAACUACACCGGAGAGAACUGUGGCUCCUGUGCUGAAGGAUACAUUCACUUCCCAGACUGCUACUCAAACGACUUCAACAACAACACCGACAGAGACGUCAAACCUGCUGGAGAAAUCAUCAACUGUGAGUGCAGUGUAGCGGGGACUGAGGGACACUCCUGCCGUCCUGAUCCGCGUACCCGUGCCUGUAUCUGUAAACCCGGUUUCACUGGGGACCACUGUGACAGCUGUGCGCCAGGGCACCACGGACUCAACUGCCAGACCUGUCAGUGCUUUGGUCCGGGAUGUCAUGAUGGUAGGUGUGACCUCCUGACGGGGCAGUGCCUGUGUCGCCAAGGCUUUCAGGGUUAUUCAUGUGACCAGUGUACCCCAGGCUAUUUCAACUAUCCCCUUUGCCAACUGUGUGGCUGUAGCAGUGUAGGUUCUCUCCCAGGGGGUUGUGAUGUCUCUGGACGCUGUGUGUGUCGUCCGGAGUUCCAGGGACCGCGAUGUGAGCAGUGUAGAUCAGGCUUCCACUCCUACCCCAACUGCCAAGUGUGCACCUGUGAUCCUCGCACCUCCCUGGGCUCCAGCUGCAGUGUGUCAGGCCACUGCCACUGCAGACCCAACUACAGCGGCACCGCUUGUGACCAGUGUGCUCCUGGUUUCCACGGCUUCCCCAGCUGCACGCCUUGUCAGUGCUCAGCUGAGGGCUCCAGGUUCAGUCGCUGUGACCAGGUGAGUGGUCAGUGUACCUGUCUACCCAACGUCAUGGGACAGAGGUGUGACACCUGCAGCCCUGGAACCUACGGAUUCCCUCUCUGCCAAGCUGGCACAUGCAACCCAGUCGGCUCUGUGCAGAACGAGGUCCUGCCAACUGUUGGUUCCUGUGAGUGUCGUCCUUUUGUGGAGGGUGUGGCCUGUGACAGGUGUAAACCUCUGUUCUGGAACCUGUCACCUGACACCGCCAACAGAUGUUCCAACUGUGAAUGCAACGUUGAAGGGACUGUGGCCGGUGUGGCAGAGUGUGCUCAGAACAACGGCCAAUGUCACUGUAAACCCAACGUGUGCAGUGGCACCUGCUCUGUGUGUAAAGACGGAUACUUCAACCUGCAGAGUGGCAGCUUCUUCGGCUGUCAAGGUUGUCAGUGUGACAUUGGAGGAUCAGUGGGUCAGUCCUGUGGGGAGAGGACCGGGAGAUGCCGUUGCAGACCCAACGUGGAGGGAUCCAAGUGUAACAUGCCUCGGCCAGACCACUACUUUCCAGACCUGCACCACCUGAAGUUUGAGAUAGAGGAGGGUACCAUGCUGGACGGGCGGCCGGUGCGCUUCGGCUACAACCCCUUGGAGUUUGAAGGGUUCAGCUGGAAAGGGUACGCUCAGAUGUCCUCCAUUCAGUCCAAGGUGGUGGUUCAAGUCUCGGUCAGCUCUCCGGACCUGUUUCAAAUAGUAUUGCGCUACGUGAAUCGGGGUGGCCUGGACAUGAGGGGCAGGGUGUCCGUCCUGGAAGACGGGAAGAACUUCAUGUGCGGUAACUGCUCAGAACAGUCCAAACAGAUCGUGUUUGCCCCCAGCUCAGAACCUACCUUCGUCAACGUGCCCCAGAAUAACUUUGUGGAGCCGUUUGUUCUGAACCCUGGUACCUGGACCGUGGUCAUUGAGGCCGAGGGCAUACUGCUGGACUACCUGGUGCUCCUGCCCAGUGCGUUCUAUGAGGCCCCCGUGCUGCAGACCAAAGUGACUGAGCCGUGCUCCUACGGCCCGGAGCCAGGUGCCAGCCAUAACUGUCUGAUCUACAAGUAUCUGUCUCUGGAUGGGUUCCCCUCCAUCUCUGGUAACGAUGCCAGCUGCCGGUUCGACAACCACCUGCCCAGACCCUGUCACCAGGAGAGGAUCACCCCUCGCCACCCCGACAUGGCCGUCUGCAGUGGUAGCGAUCUAAAUGUCCAGAUGCGUAGCCGGGUUCCCCGUCCCGGGGACUAUGUUCUGGUGCUAGAAUACGCCAGUGAGGAGGAGUCACCACAGACCAUCUCUGUGUCCGUCAACACACCUGGCGGAAGGACACACCAGCACCACGUCACGGUGCUGCCCUGCAAAUACAGUUUCCUGUGUCGGGUGGUGACCAUCGAUGAGAUGAACCGUGUGGCUGUCUUCACCCUGUCCACUGAUGCUGAGGUCCAACUGAUUGCUGACAGAGCCAGUUUCUUCCUGCAUAAAGUGUACCUGGUUCCCCGGGAGCAGUUUAUCAUGGACUACCUGGAGACUAAAGUCCACUGCAUCAGCACACAUGGACUGUUCUCACCUGACAGUUCGUCCUGUAUCCCGUCUAGGUUCCAGACACCCUCUGAUUCGCUGGUGUUGAAGGAAGGUCAAGGGUCAUCUGUCCAGGAGCCUGUCCUGGCCUCCCCUGCUGACCCCCCUGUGGGUCCAGCCGACACCAAUCCCGGGGCCAGCGGAGACCGUCCUCCCACCGCAGCGGAUAACGUGGACCAUGUCCGCCUUGAUUCCGCUCAGAAUGCAGCAGUGUACUCUGGCCGUGUCCAGACUCUGGGUCGCUACGUGUUCAUUCUCCACUACCACCAGCCCCUCCACCCCACCUACCCUGUCCAGGUCUUCAUCAACGGUGGACGCAUCUGGCAAGGCCAUGCCAACGCCUCCUUCUGUCCCCAUGGUUACGGUUGCCGUAGCGUUCUGAUCUCGGAGAACCAGAUCAUUCUGGACGUGACCGACAACGAGAUCUUCCUGACCGUCCAGGUCCCUGACAGAAAAACACUCUGGCUGGACUAUGUUCUGGUGGUCCCAGAGAGCAGCUACAGCUCCAGUUAUCUGUCUGAACAACCUCUGGACAAAUCAUAUGACUUCAUCAGCAACUGUGGACAGAACAGCUUCUACAUCCAUCCUGCCACAGCCUCUCCAUUCUGUCGUAGUUCAGCCAUAUCUCUCUCUGCGUUCUUCAACAACGGUGCCAUGCCCUGCGGGUGCCAUGAGGUGGGCGCGGACAGUGAUACCUGCCAGCCCUUCGGCGGGCAGUGCCAGUGCAGACCGAACAUUAUCGGCAGGGACUGCUCACAGUGUGCCACAGGCUACUGGGGGUUCCCUAACUGUAGACCGUGUCAGUGUGGUACACGGCUGUGUGAGCCGGUGACUGGAGACUGUAUCUGCCCACCGAGGACCCUGCUCCCAGAGUGUAUCCAGUGUGAGCCCCAGGCGUUCGGCUGUCAUCCUCUGGUCGGCUGUGAGGUCUGCAACUGUUCCCGUCCUGGGGUCACCACCCCCGACGUCAGCUGUGACACCGACAGUGGACAGUGCAGAUGCAAGAACAACAUCAUCGGUCGACAGUGUGAUCGCUGCAGCCCUGGUUUCUACGGUUACCCCAACUGUAGACCAUGUGACUGCAACGAUGCGGGAACAGAGGAGGAGGUGUGUGACUCCUCCGUGGGGCGCUGCCUCUGCAAGGAAAAUGUCCAGGGUGGUCGUUGUGACCAGUGCAGAGUGGGAACCUUCCACCUUGACCCCACCAACCCUAAAGGCUGCACUUCCUGUUUCUGUUUCGGAGCCACCAACCGCUGUCGCAGCUCAGAGAAACGACGGACUGAGGUGAUGGAUAUGAUGGACUGGGUGUUGCUCGGAGCAGACAGACAGGAAGUCCCUGUGACUGCAUAUCCUGAUCAGGACUUGGUGGAGGCGGACCUUAGUGACGUACCUGAUGUCUACCAAGACCUCUUCUGGCACGCUCCGAGAACGUACCUGGGAGACCAGGUAUCGUCGUAUGGAGGGUAUCUGCGGUAUCGUCUCCACACUCAGACUAUGAGAGGAGACGUUCUCUCUCUGCCCACUGAGGCCUCUCGACCUGACAUCAUUCUCAAGGGUAACCAGAUGACCCUGGUGUUCAUUGAGAGAGAAUAUUCUUCACCUGAACAACCACACCUGGGGAUAGUCCACAUGCUGGAGGGAAGUUUCCGCCAUGCCCAGACUGGUAACGUGGUGUCUAGAGAGGAACUGAUGAUGGUUCUGGUGGGUUUAGAGUCUCUCCAGAUCAGAGCUCUCCACUCCCAGUCUGCCCACACUGUGUCGCUACGCGGGGCUGUGCUGGAGGGAGCACAGACCCUGUCCACGGGGCAACAUGCCAACAACGUAGAGAUCUGCCUCUGUCCCGCUAACUACCAGGGAGACUCCUGCCAGCAAUGUUCUCCAGGGUACUACAGAGACACUAAAGGUCUGUUCCUGGGGAGGUGUGUUCCCUGCAACUGUAAUGGCCACUCUGACCAGUGUCUGGACGGGUCUGGAGUCUGUGAGAACUGUCAACACAACAGGGCUGGAGACCACUGUGAAAAGUGUCAGGGUGGUUUCCUUGGUAACCACUCUCUGGAUGGACACGCCCAGUCCUGUGACACCUGCCCCUGUCCUCUACAAGUGGCCUCCAACAAUUUUGCAGUGGGCUGUGUAGAGAAACCCAACAGGAUGCUGUGUCUCUGUAUGCCUGGCUACGCUGGGCCCCAGUGUGCAAGGUGUGCUCCCGGUUUCUACGGCAACCCCAUGGUGAUUGGCAGCACGUGCCAGCCCUGCCAUUGCCAUGACAACACAGACCCCAACAUGCUGUUCAGCGACUGUGACGGGCUGACGGGCGUGUGUCACAGCUGCAUGCACAACACCGCCGGGACGCACUGCGAGAUCUGUGCCCCCGGUUUCCACGGUGACGCCGUCACUGCCAAGAACUGCACCAGAUGCAACUGCUCCCCAUGUGGCACGGCGUCAUGUGACCCUCACACAGGACAGUGCCAGUGUAAACCUGGUGUGACCGGUCCCCAUUGCAACUGUUGUGAGGACGGUGCGUUUGGCUAUGAGUCGUGCUCCGGGUGUCGUCGCUGUGACUGUGACGCGGCCGCGGCGCUGGUCCAACCGUGUGACCCCAGGAACGGUUCGUGUGCCUGCCAGCCAGGGGUCAAUGGACCUAAUUGUCGCCAGUGUGCCCCUGGGUACUGGGACUACAGUCCUGAGGGCUGCAAGAAGUGUGAGUGUAAGCAUGGGCGCUGUGACCCUCGGACAGGGGAGUGUCGCUGUGGAGACGGCCUAACAGGCAAACAGUGUGACAGCUGUUCCCAUAGAUACAGCGUUCCUGUACAACACGGACAUGACAUGACCUGCCAACCUUGUGACAGCUGUGUAAUUGUCCUGUUGGAGGAUCUGGACAAAAUUAACGACAACUUUGGCUCCAUGGCUCAUCAGCUGAUCAACCUGAACGCCUCCUCUAUCACCUUGACUCAGCUAAACAACCUCAGCAGAUCCAUGGACAAUAUCUCUAAUGCCAUAGAGAACUACAACAGUACUCUGGAUGAGAGCAGGAACAGAGCGGACAUGUUGGAGGGAGAGAUCAUGACCAUCAACUCAGACAUCCGCGGCCUGGAGGAUAAGGUGGUGGCGGUAGCAGAAGAAGCAGACAGUCUGGGGAAUAGCAGCAGCAACACCCAUCAGAGAGCCCAGGACCUGCUCUCUCACAUGAAGAACAUAGUAGGAGAGGUGGAAGACCUGCAGGAGAACCGUACGGGUCUGAAUGAGACGCAGGUGGAGCAGGAAGAGGACGACUUGCUUGAGAAGAUGAAGCAGGUGGAGGCCAUGCUGAGAGAGAUGAGACUCAAGAGCUGUGUCGGACAGAAGGAGAUAGCAGACAGAGAGCUGUCCGAGGCAAAGAAAUUGCUGGCGAAGGUGAAGGAUCAGCUGGUGAGUCGUGUGGUGGAGAACGAGGGCUUGGUGAAGAACAUCAGGGAGAGUCUGGGGAAGUUCCACGACCAACUGAUGGACCUGAGGGACGCUCUGAACCAGGCAGUUAACAACACGGCCGUCGCCUCCGAUACGAACGCUGUUAAUGAGAAGAGGCUGGAGGACUGCCAGCAAAAGGUGGAUGAACUGAAUGAGAAGCACAAGGUAGUGGAGGAUCUCCUGCAGAUGGCAGAGGACGAUGUGGCAACCGUCAACGACAUGCUGUCUAUGCUGCACGACUCCAAGGAGGAGUAUGAGCGUUUGGCCGCCCAGUUGGAUGGGGCCAGGAAGCCCCUGGCUGAAAAGGUGCAGACAUUUGCCCCCACCCUCAGUAAGAUACCCUUGGUGGAGGCAGCGGAGGAACAUGCUGGACUACUCAAUGAGCUGGCCAUGAACCUCUCCAGUGUGAUCUCCAACACCAACAAGGAUGGUUUCAUCCAGCGAGCGGUGAACGCGUCACGAGCGUACUCCGACAUCAUCGACGCCGUCAGAGACGCUGAGACCGCUGCCAACCAAGCUGCUGUGGACGCACUGGAGAAUGUGAAGGGUCAGGACCUGGGCCAGGUAGCUGACGGUCUGAGGAAUCACAGUUCUGAACUGCUGGACGACGCCGUCUCACUGCAACGGGAACUAAAUGAUGAUCUGAAGCCUCGUCUCCGGGACGCCAUGACUCAUCUGGAUGAGGCCAAGCAGAAACACGCGACUCUACUGAAAGAUCUUGAGAUGGUGCAGAGUAACCUCAACUUCAGCCGAGGGGAAACGGCUAAGGUUAUAGAGGAGGCGAAGGCUGCAGCCGAGGAGGCCAACAGUACAGCAGCGAAGGUAGAGGAUACCCUGGCACCUAUCAAAGAGCAGGUGGACCAAUGGCAGCAGCAGUACGGGGACGCUAACACCACCAAUGAGGACAUAAACAAGGCCUUCCUGGAGGCCAACAAGUCUGUGGGUAUGUUGGGCGAGGCCAUCCCAAUACUGAUGAGGAAGCUGGACAAGCUGCAGAACCACUCAGCCCAGAUGCCCAACAUCUCAGAAAACAUCCUCAGGAUCAGACAGCUCAUCGCAGAGGCCCGCAAGGCAGCCAGCAAGGUGAGCGUACCUGUGAAGUUCAACGGGACAUCAGGUGUGCAGGUGCGUACCCCCAGUAACCUGGCAGAUCUGGCAGCUUACACCUCCCUCAAGUUCUACAUCACCCUGCCCGAGGCCUCACGCGCCCGCAGACAGGACCAACCAGGCAAACAGUUUGUCUUUUACCUCGGAAACAAGGACUCCAGUAAAGAGUUCCUGGGCAUGAUGCUGGAGGGGCGGAGACUGCACUGGCUGUUCAACGUGGGCGGAGACACAGCUGAGGUGGAGAUGCAGGAGGAUGUCCAAACAGAUGGCGACUUCAACAACGUGGUCCUGGAAAGGAUCCUUCAGUACGGCCAGAUGGCCAUGUCUUCAGAGCUCAGUGAGGCCAGGAUGACCAAGGCUGUGGUGGAGGCAGGAGGGGAUAGUGGACUGCUCAACCUCCAGACUGAAGAGACUGUGUUCUACGUGGGAGGAUACCCUGACACGUUCACGCCCCCUCUCCAGCUCCAGCUGCCCAAUCUCAAGGGCUGUAUUGAGCUGGAGACCCUGAAUGAGGAGGUGCUCAGUCUCUAUAACUUUGAGAACAUCUUCCAACUCAACACCACCGAGGAGAAACCAUGUGGAAGAGCGAAGCCGGUGUUGACCCAGCAGUGGGUGAACGACGCGGCCUACUUUGACGGGACGGGCUACGCCGAGGUCACCUUCAAGGAGGAUGCAGGGAAGAUGCAGCGCUUUGAACAGGAAGUUAAACUGAUAAGUCACAACGGCAUCCUGCUCAUGCUCCUCAGCCAGGAGAAGUUCCUGAGCUUGGCGGUGAGGCAGGGACGUCUCAGGGUCUUCUAUGACGUCACUGGUUCUCUACAGGAGCUGGAGCCUAAAGACCCAACCUCACCUUACCUCAAGAUCAGCGACGCAGACCCCAAAUCUUUGGAGAUCAUUAUCCUCCUCUACGAUACGACCACGCGUGUUGUGGUGAGGAACAACCGCCAAACCCUGUUCAACUACGUCUUCACUACGCCCCUGCCGCGCUUCGAAGGCAGCUACUACCUGGCCGGAGUCCCCGAGGACAAGAUGCCUGAGAACCUGAAGGCCCUGUUUCCUCGCCAGGGAUCUCUUAAAGGCUGUUUCAGGAACAUCAAGGCUAUGAACUCUCACAUCGACCUGAAGAGAAUGAGCAGCUCUGGGGUCAGCUAUGGCUGUGCCAACGACUUACUGGUGGCUCGUGAGGCUCACUUCUCAGGCCAGAGUUACCUGGACCUGUCUCCAGACAACAUCCCUGGUCUCAGGAACAACUUCUACGCCGGCUUCGGCUUCCGCACAGACCAGAAGAACGGACUCAUGUUCUACCACCAGGCUCAGGACGGUGUGUGUCAGGUGUUCCUGGAUAAGGGUCAUGUGGUAGUGAGGGCGGCUGACAGCGAGGUGAAGACUCAGCAGACUUACAACGAUGACAACGAUCAUUAUUUAACUCUGUACAGCAACAACAAUGGGUUACGUCUUUAUGUGGAUGACGUCCUGGAGAAGGCUGGGGAUACUGGUCGUGGAGGGGCCAGCAGCCAGGCGCUACUACUACCUGGAGGGGUCUACCUGGGAGGAACACCUGACAACAGCCUCAGCAACCUUACCGGCUGUCUUAGCAACCUGUUCAUCAAGAGGGACAAGCCUUCUCAGAUGGUGAUGAACCUGAUGAAUGCUAAGGAGAACAUCGACGUUCCUCUAGAUUGUCCUGCUGCCAAGAAACCUCAGCAGAUCCUGGCCACACUCCCACGCCAGAAGAGGCCUAAGGGUAAACACAGGAAGCCGGCGGGUGGUGGUGGGUCAGGGGGGCGGAGCCGCAGUGCCAGGGAGUCCUGCCAGGGGGAGCUGGCGAAUCAGGAAGUCGGAGCUCUGCACUUCAGUGGAUCCUCCCACAGCCUCCAGCGCUACGACACGCUGCCCGAGGCCUUCAGCAGGACGCCUCACAUCUCCAUGGGUCUGCGUGUGAACACGUCAGACGGCCUGGUGUUCUAUGUGUCGGGAUCACCAGAACGUUCUAGUAGCAGCUCUGUGAUGACCCUCUCUGUCUCAGACGGUCACCUGUUGCUCCUCCUCGUCAACGGAGGGAAGAGGAAGACCACCAUCCGCAGCCACAGGAAGUGCAACGACGGACAGUGGCACACGGUGUUUGUGAAGAGGGAGGGAGAGAAGGUCGGUUUGAUUGUUGAUGGGAUCGAUGCCCAGUCUAAGAGGGUCUCAGGGGGGGAGAAGAACCAGCUCAGUCCCCCUCUCUACAUCGGAGGAGUUCCCUCAGGACUCACCAGCUCACUUCUCUCGAUGCCAGGUUCAGGAGGGUUUGUGGGCUGUGUGAGGGACCUGGAGCUGAAUGAGGAGAGCCCGGCUAGUCCCUCCACCAGCCUGGGGGUUGUACCCUGCUUCCAGACCGCUCUGCAGCCUGGGGUAUACUUCUCUUCCCAGGGAGGACUCAUGGCUAUAGAUGAGUCCCUGAUGUUGGGCCGGGACCUGGAGGUCCAGCUGGAGGUCAGGCCGGUGUCAGACUCUGGUCUCCUGCUGCAUGCUGGUUCCAGGGCUGGACAACAGCUCAGCCUCUACCUCUAUCAGGGAGCCGUAACUGUCACAGUAAACAGUGGCAGCGCAGAGCUCUAUACCUCCUUCACACCAGAGGAAUCCUUGUGUGACGGACGCUGGCACAGUAUCAAAAUUGUGAAGAAGAGCAACGUGCUCCAACUACAUGUGGAUGCAGCCAGCGAACACAGUGUGGGGCCCAAACAAGGCCGACCAUCAGGGGCCAAGGAGACUGUGUACCUGGGGGGAGCACCAGAUGGUGUUGAUGUGCCGGGCCUCCCCGAUGCCCUGCCCUCCUUCCAUGGUUGUGUUCGGAGAGCAGUCCUGAACCAGCGACCAGCCAUGCUUUCUAAACCCCUGUCAGUACACGGAGCUGUGGGCACACAGGGCUGUCCAGCCAUGUAGACCCCUUUUAGCCCGGUUACAGCCAGCUAGCUCUGGGUCAUGUUCAUAAGGACAUGACAGAAAAUUCAGAUAGAAAUACCUAUGUAGAACCAAUAUGAUUCUCUGUCAUGUAUACGGUCAUCAUGUAGCUCAGUCUAACAUAUCUACAGCUGUACAUAUCAGUCUAACAUAUCUGCAGCUGUACAGUCGUGGCCAAAAGUUGAGAAUGACACAAAUAUUAAUUUUCACCAAGUCUGCUGCCUCAGUUUCUAAGAUGGUAAUUUGCAUAUACUCAGAAUGUUAUGAAGAGUGAUCAGAUGAAUUGCAAAGUCCCUCUUUUCCAUGCAAAUGAACUGAAUCCCCACUGCAUUUCAGCCCUGCCACAAAAGGACCAGCUGAUAUGUCAGUGUUAAUCUCGUUAACACGGGUGUGAGUGUUGACGAGGACAAGGCUGGAGAUCACUCUGUCAUGCUGAUGGAGUUCGAAUAACAGACUGGAAGCUUCAAAUGGAGGGUGGUGCUUGGAAUCAUUGUUAUUUCUCUGUCAACCAUGGUUACCUGCAAGGAAACACAUGCUGUCAUCAUUGCUUUGCACAAAAAGGGCUUCCCAGGCAAGGAUAUUGCUGCCAGUAAGAUUGCACCUAAAUCAACCAUUUUCGGGUCAUCAAGAACUUCAAGGAGAGCAGUUCAAUUGUUGUGAAGGCGGCUUCAGGGCACCCAAGAAAGUCCAGCAAUCGCCAGGACUGUCUCCUGAAGUUGAUUACGCUGCAGGAUCGGGGCACUUGCUCAGGAAUGGCAGCAGGCAGGUGUGAGUGCAUCUGCACGCACAGUGAGGCGAAGACUUUUGAAGGAUGGCCUGGUGUCAAGAAGGGCAGCAAAGAAGAAACUUCUCUCCAGGAAAAACAUCAGGGACAGACUGAUAUUCUGCUAAAGGUACAGGGAUUGGACUGCUGAGGACUGGGGUAAAGUCAUGUUCUCUGAUGAAUCCCCUUUCCCAUUGUUUGGGGCAUCCGGAGAAGACGAGGUGAGCGCUACCAUCAGUCCUGUGGCAUGCCAACAGUAAAGCAUCCUGAGACCAUUCAUGUGUGGGGUUGCUUCUCAGCCAAGGGAGUGGGCUCACUCACAAUUUUGCCUAAGAACACAGCCAUGAAUAAAGAAUGGUACCAACCCAUCCUCCGAGAGCAACUUCUCCCCACCAUCCAGGAACAGUUUGGUGAAGAACAAUGCCUUUUCCAGCAUGAUGGAGCACCUUGCCAUAAGGCAAAAGUGAUAACUAAGUGGCUCGGAGAACAAAACAUUGAUAUUUUUGGUCCAUGGACAGGAAACUCCCCAGACCAUAAUCCCAUUAAGAAUUUGUGGUCAAUCCUCAAGAGGCGGGUGGAUUAACAAAAACUCACAAAUUCUGACAAACUCCAAGCAUUGAUUAUGCAAGAAUGGGCUGCCAUCAGUCAGGAUGUGGCCCAGAAGUAAACUGACAGCAUGCCAGGGCGGAUUGCAGAGGUCUUGCAAAAGAGUGUCAACACUACAAAUAUUGACUCUUUUCAUCAACUUCAUGUAAUUGUCAAUAAAAGCCUUUGACACUUAUGAAAUGCUUGUAAUUAUACUUCAGUAUUCCAUAGUAACAUCUGAAAAAAAUAUCUAAAGACACUGAAGCAGCAAACUUUGUGGAAAUUAAUGUUUGUGUCAUUCCCAAAACUUUUGGCCACGACUGUGUAAUAGGCCAUUUUUUAAAAUUAAUUGUUUCACCUCUCUGAAGUAUUACCCUUGGGGGCAAGUUCAGUAGGACAAUGUUGUGGAGCUUUGCAGACAGAAGUGUUAUGAAUAGAGCUGGCAUGAUUCUGUAUUCUACACAUCAGAGAGGCAUGUCGGUUCUAGAAAUUGUAUUUCUAUCUGAACAUUCCAACCACUUUGUUAGCCUGUUGAACGCAGCCCUGCUCCGAUGCCCCUUACUACUCACCAUAUAAAACACGUACAUUAUGUCUACCAUACAAAUCACUGGUGGUGGGUGACGUACAUUAGUUAAUUUAAAUGUAUUUAUUUUUCCACGUCUUGAUUUCCGGUUUGCAAUUAACUAAGUGCUAGCGCUUGAGUGAAGUCUGAAGUCCAGUCUUUCGUGUCAAACAAGGAGUGGAAUGAUAGCACAAACAGACUGGUACCUGGGCUAGAGAAUAAGAUAGCUAAGUAUGUUGUCUUUAGUGUGUUAGUACUGGAACUUUAAUAGUAAUCUACAUCUCUCUGGGCUGCUUUCACAGACCUACAUUUAAAGGGCUCGAUUCAAUCCGUAGCUCUGAAGAUCCACUCUCCAGUGUGAUAUCAAUUUAAAGGCAAUCUUCCUGCGUUCACAGUAAAUGCUGCAUUGUUUCGGCUCAAUCGGAAAUGACGCUUGAAUUUCAAAUCGCGCUAUAACUUCCGUGAUCCGGGUUGAAUCGAGCCCUAAACUUACCUGGACCAAACUGCACUUAUUUUAUACAGACCACUGAAAAAUCGUGUCGUUGUUUGGCCAUGGAUAGAAUCCACUUCGACUAACUAGUUCUGGAAAGUGCUUAAAAACAUAUCUAUAUAUACAUAAAUAAAGAAUCCCUUUAGUAGAAAAUUGUGUUUGUGAUUCUGCUUUACAUACAUUGACUCGAUUUAGCUUGACCAUAGCUCAAAAAAAAAAUGCUUUCAUGUUGAGAAUAUUAAUGUAGGUCUAUGAAACCGACCCUCAGUAAUACUGUGGUACAUCCCUUCAACGUGGAAUAUGCAUUAGGCGAAACAGCGCCCCCCCCCCCCACCUUUAUUAUUUGGCUUUAUGGAUGAAACGGUCAGGUGAAGUGCGGUACAAAUGAAUCGGUUUCAUUGUUGGCAGUAACUUGAACUUUGGUUGUUACAUCCAAAAUAAACAUGUCAAUUUCACCAUUAAGGUGUCCAGCUUUAAAUACUAUAAUCAGUGUUAUUGUUGAUCCACAUCACAUGUACUGUAUUCUAUAGAAUAAAUGCACAUUUUAUAUAUAGUUAUUAUAAUGGGUGGGGAUGUAUGGAUUAUAUCACAAGAGUUUAAAGCUUUUACUACUGUUUAUAUGUUAUUAUAAACGGGGUGGUUCGAGCCCUGAAUGCUGAUAGUACAAAUUGCCAUACCCUGGCUGUUCUAAUGACGUUGGUAACCAGUUUAUAAACAGCAAUAAGGCACCUCGGGUUUGUGGUAUACGACCAAUAUACCACGGGCUACGAGCUGUAUCCAGGCACUCCUCGUUGCGUCGUGUCUAAGAACAGCCUCGGUAUAUUGGCCAGUUACCACAAACACUCCUUAUUGCUUAAAUAUCUCACUCAGAGAACAUAAACCGAUUCCCCCUUAAGAAGAAUAGCUAUGCUAAAUACAUGGUUUUAAAUAAAAGUCUUACCUGAUACAAAAAUG